AUGCUGGCCCGAAUUGCUGUUCAAAGGCAUGCACAAUUUAGUCCCGCUCUCUGCAGAUUCUACUCAUCCCAGAUUGGUAAGUGUUUCCUUUGAUUGCUUGUGUUUAGAGACGAAUUUACAUUAUCCAUGACCAGCUUGAAGAAAUUCAUGGAAAUUCAUUGCGUUUUUUGCAGAUGCCGACAUUGUUGUGAUUGGAUCCGGUCCUGGCGGCUAUGUGGCUGCUAUAAAAGCCGCUCAACUCGGUAUGAAGACGGUUUGUGUGGAAAAGAACGACACUUUGGGAGGAACCUGUCUUAAUGUUGGAUGUAUUCCCUCAAAGGCCAUGUUGAACAACUCUCACUUCUAUCACCUGGCAAAACACGGAGACUUGAAUGCGCGAGGUGUUGAAGUCGAGCCUAAGCUGAAUUUGGCCACUAUGCUCAAGGCCAAAGAGUCAUCCGUGAAGGGUCUGACCGCUGGUGUGGCGACUUUGUUCAAGGCGAAUAAAGUCACUCAUUUGAAUGGAUUCGGCAAAAUUACGGGAAAGAAUGAGGUAGGAAAACAUUUUUUGUAUCUAUUUCUGUCUUUAGGUCACUGUGAAGAAGGCUGAUGGCUCCGAGGAGAAGGUCAACACCAAGAACAUUCUUAUUGCUACCGGAUCCGAAGUCACGCCGUUCCCUGGAAUCGAAAUUGACGAGAAACAAGUAUGUUCUACUUUUUUGAGAGAGUCUGUAGAAUGUUCUAUCUAAUGAAUUGCAAGGGAUCAGAAUAUUUGACUGUUUUAAAGGAGAUUUUUUGGUCUGGACCUUAUUUUAGACUAACAACUUUGUGGAAGCCCGUAAAAUCGUGUUUUCUACAGAAAUUUUUAUUUUAAAGAGCUCUAUGACUCGUGAAAUUGAUUCUAUAUUAAUUUUUUCAGGUAGUAUCAUCAACUGGAGCCCUUAAUUUGACCGAAGUCCCCAAGAAAAUGGUUGUUAUUGGCGCCGGAGUCAUUGGACUUGAACUCGGCUCGGUUUGGCAACGACUUGGCGCUGAAGUAACUUGCGUGGAGUUCCUGGGCAGCAUUGGAGGUGCUGGAAUUGAUGGGGAAGUCGCCAGAGUUUUCCAAAACAUCUUGAAGAAACAGGGAUUCAAAUUUUUGUUGAACACCAAAGUGACAGCAGCCAAAAGAAAUGGAUCAAAUAUUACUGUAUCAAUUGAAGGAGCGAAGGAUGGGAAGAAACAGGAUGUGAGUUGUCUUUUUCUUUGCUUUCCGACCAAUAGGUAUAACUUUUUGUUAUGUGUAAUAUAAAUUUUGCCUAGUGUAAUAUAAUUUUUCUAUUUUUCGAUCGCUUUCUGACUUUUUAAAUGUAUUUCAUGGGAUUUGAAAGUGAUUGAAAUAGUUUUCAGCUGGAAUGUGAUGUCCUUCUCGUCGCUAUCGGCCGCCGCGCGUACAGUGCCAACCUUGGACUGGAAAAUGUUGGAAUUCAACUCGACCAAAAAGGCCGCAUCCCAGUCAACACUCGCUUCCAGACCUCUGUGGACAAUAUUUAUGCUAUUGGCGAUAUUGUUGAAGGACCUAUGCUCGCCCACAAGGCCGAAGAUGAAGGAAUCAUCGCUGUGGAAGGAAUUUGCGGAGGCCCGGUUCAUAUCGAUUACAACUGCGUCCCGUCAGUGGUCUACACACACCCCGAAGUCGCAUGGGUCGGAAAGAACGAAGAACAACUUAAACAGGAGAAGGUCGCGUACAAGGUUGGCAAAUUCCCGUUCGUCGCGAACUCCCGAGCCAAAACUAAUAAUGACACUGAAGGGUUCGUCAAAGUUUUGGCCGACAAACAAACUGAUAGACUCUUGGGAGUCCAUAUUAUUGGACCUGUAAGUUGCUUUCGGAUUUUUUUUUGGAGUUUAGGGCAGUUCAGAGAAGUUUUUGAUGUUACACAAGACAGCUGAUGGAAAAAGUGCUGGGUUGAGCGAAACUGACUUGUUUUUGAUGAUUUUUUGGCAGAGAAAGGAAGAAUAGAACCUAUUUUGGCUGUUUGUAGUAUAAUCCGAGAAGUUUUUACAUUUUUCAAAGAUUUGGAUGUUGUACUUGACACCUGAUGUCAAGUGCAAUAUUUUGCGGAAAACUAGUUAAUAUUCUAGGAUAUUUUGGUUAUAAAAGGUAACAGGUGACUGUUGGAACCUUCCAAGUAAAAAAGUUGGUAGUUUCGACAAAAUUUUCAAAUAUUUUUAUCUUAUACUAGGUCAAGUAUAACAUGACCCCUAUAAUAACCUGUUAUAACUCCUAACAUUCCCUGACAUUUUCAGAACUCCGGCGAGAUGAUUGGAGAAGCGGUCCUAGCCCUGGAAUACGGAGCAUCUUGCGAAGACAUUGCCCGUGUCUGCCAUGCCCACCCCACUCUCUCCGAAGCCUUCCGUGAAGCCAAUCUUCACGCCUACGUCGGCAAAGCCAUCAACUGCCCGUAA